AUGCAAGUGGGACUUAUGGAGGGGAUGAAGGACGGAGACUUUCAGCGCCAGAGCGAUCUCAGGUCGAGGAAGGAGGGGGUGAAAGAUUCUCUAGCUCGAACCAAGGUUCUCAAGUGGUUGAUCGAGAGAGAUUCUGCUGCUAGCCGAAGUGAAGAUUUUUCAGAUCGUCACCUAUCAAGUCGGAAGAAAGCACAGAAACAGCGGCGAAGUAUGAAAGUAGAGCUGGAAAAGAAGCUCUCGCAUCUAGAAGAAGAGCUGCAACAAACAAAAGCUGCGCUCAAAGAAGCAAAAGACAACGAGCAAGACCUCACCGCAAAACUGAGGACACUACAAAGUCAGGUGCAGAGUCUCAACAGCUCGGAAAUUUUCGUCGACGAUAAGAUUGAAAGUGCAAGGAGCAGAGUAUUCGAGCUCAAGGCAAGGAUGGAGUCCCUGGGGAGGGACAUUCAGGUCAGAUCGAACGCGCGAGAUCGCCUUGCAAGUGCAGUCAAGCAGAGCAACGAGAGUUUGGAGCAAACGAGACAACUGCUCGCGCUCGAGAGACAAAUUCAUUCAAUCAUUGUACAGGGUGAGAAGACUGAGAUAACAACGUCGACAUCACUUCCAGACCUUCGACCAUCCUCUGAGACCUCACACGAGCAUCGGAAGACUGACGUGACAAACUGCCAGCUGCAUGUGCAGCAGCCACCUGCACAAGGGCAGGACUUGUCUGCAUCCUCGUGUGAGGCUACGGCAGAAGAGCUGCAGACGUGCCAGGAGAUUCGAGCUCUAAAACAACUCAAAGUCAAGUACCGAUCGCAGAUCGCUGGUGUGAAGGAGACGGUGGAGAGGUUGAGACACGAGAAGCACUCGCUGCAACAGAAUCGCUUCCGAUGGACCCCGACUGAGCUCCGACAAGAAGCCAACAAGAUAGCCUCAAGAUCUCUGCAGACAUCUUCUGAAGCAUCCUCCUCCCACGAGAUCAGCUCUUAG